AUGAAAAGACUGAAGGUUAUAGGUAAAUUUGGAUGGGCAUUUACAAAACUUUCAUUCGGCCAUGUAUCGAAAGCUUGCCAUCGGCUGAGAAUUUUGAAUUUAAAUCAAUGCACGCGGAUCUCCGACACGAGCCUGAUUGGAAUAGCAAAGAACUGCCCAAGGUUAACUACCCUUCAACUUGACCACUGUAGCCAGGUUACCGAUACAGCCAUGUCAGAGAUAGUUCUUGGUUGUCCAGAAAUUUUAUACCUCAAUCUGAUGUCUUGCGGAAUAACUGAUACUGGAGUGAAAUACCUCUCUAAAUUAAGAAAACUGUCAAAUCUUGACCUGUCGAACAUUCCUCGGUUGACAUCAGACUCCGUGAUGUAUUUGUCCAAGUUCUGUAAAAAUCUACAGUGUAUAAAUGUAUCUCUAAACACAUUGAUGGAUGACCAGUGUAUAUCCCAGCUUGCCAAGAAUCUGCCAGUAUUGAAAAGGUUAUAUUGUGUGUCCUGUAGUAUAACUGAUAAAGGUCUUGAAGAUAUUGCAAAGUAUUGUCCAAAUCUAGAAGCUCUUGAUGUUGGCUGGUGCCAGGAAGUAACAGACAGUGGUGUAAGAGCGAUUUCCCUUUCCUGCAAAUAUUUGGAUUACUUUGGUCUUAUUCGUUGUGAUAGAGUUACCUUAGAAACAAUAGAAGAACUUGUGCUUAAACAUCCAAGUAUCAACUAUUCAACUUUUAUACUUGAAUCUAGACGUUUACUAGAGAGAGCACGAAAUGAAGGAUAUCAGUUCAAACUGUUAAAUCUCCCAUGAGAAAACAAAACUUUGUUCACUAUAUAAUAUCUAAUAUACUUGUUCAUCAUUCAAUCUGGAUAAAACAUUGCAUGAUUUUUAGGAAAAUUUCAAAAAAAGUACACAAUGUUUCGUGGAACAGUGAAUAGUGCAGACCAUUCAUUGUUUGAUCCGUGGUUUGCACUUAUUGCAAGGUAUGGCAUAGUGGUGCUACAGUGUUUCUUCAUACCACAUUAGUACUGGUAAGUUUCAGCCCAGUGGUUAAGAUGUUUGCAUCUCAAACCCAGAAAUCAUAGGUUCAAGUCCUACUGGAGCUACAGUGUUUCUCCAUAUGACAUCAGUACUGGUAAGUUUUAGGAAGCUGACUUAAAAGUGGUUCAAUAAGCUCAAAGACCCCCCUUACAAUCUUGCUAAGAUAUUGCAUGAUAUCUUACAUUGAAUAAUUUAUGAAAAUAAACGUCAAAUUGUUCAGGUUUUAUUUACUUUUUAUUUUGCAGCGUCCCCAUUGUCAUUGAAUGUCUGGCAUUAUCUUAUUUACAAGUGUCUUUUUCCAGUGCUUUGUUGGAAACAGUCUAAAGAUGCUGUGGUUUUAUUAUGAACUUGCUGUCAAUAACAAUUUAAGUUAUAAUUUUUUUAUACAUGUUGCGGACUAUAUAAACAGGAGUAUUAAAAUGAGAAAAAUCAGUUAAUGUCAGUUAUUUUUUUAGUAUACAUGUACAGGAAUAUAUAACCGUGCUGAUACAAAUAUAAUCUUUGGCUUGCGCAUACUGGAGAAUAUAGCCUAGCUGACAUAGAUAUAAUCCUCGGCUAGCGUCUCGGGUAAUAUUUAUCUCAUUCAGGCUAUAUUCUCCAGUCAGCAACUUGUCCAACUAAUAAUAUUUAUGUUUUAUAUGGUAAUAUACAUGUAUUUGUUAAAAUAUUUUGAAUAAAAUCUGUUUACUGAGA